AUGAUCAAAAAGAAGGUUUUGAUGCUGCAUGGUUAUGUGCAAUCCGAUAAAAUAUUUAGAGCCAAAACUGGUGGUUUACGUAAACCAUUGAGUAAGUUAGGAUACGAUUUCUAUUUUCCUUGUGGACCUGAACAUAUUGGACAAAAAGAAUUAAAAGCAGAUGAUGAUACUGAGGACAUAAGUAAGAAAUAUAACACUUCUAACACAGGAGAGGAUCUUUAUGGUUGGUACAAGAAAGUUGGAUCACCAACAGAUAUUACCGGAGAUUAUGAGAUCAAGCCAGAUACUAUAAAAUACCUUCAUGAUUAUAUCGUCGAGAAUGGUCCCUUCGAUGGUAUUAUUGGUUUUAGUCAAGGUUCAGGCGUUGCUGGUUAUCUUCUGACAAAUUUUAAUGAAAUUCUUGGAUUAACUGAAGAAGAGCAACCUGAAUUUAAAUUUUUCAUUUCAUUCAGUGGUUUUAGGUUAGAACCUGAAAGAUUCCAGGAUUCCUACAAUAAUAGCAAAAUUAAAACCCCUACACUACUAGUGAAAGGUGAAUUGGAUACUCUAGUAACAGAGAAGAGAAGUGACACUUUAUAUGAAGCUUGUGAUGAAAGUUCAAGAACUUGGCUAGUACAUCCAGGAGGCCAUUUUGUUCCUAGUGCCAAACCUAUAAUAUCACAAAUAUGCAAUUGGGUACAAGCUCAAGGUAUGGAUGGAAGUUCUUCUAAUAUAGAUACCAGCUUAACCAAAACAAAGAUUGAAACUAAAGCUUCAAACUCUAAUAUACCAGACCUGGAUGAUGACCUUUUGGACAUGAUUGAUUCAAUGGGUAAAAUUUAA